AGUCUUCACCCUCAAUGCCUAGACAGAUACGGCCAUGGUCUCAGCUCAAAUCCCUUUCUUUCCGCGCGUGACGGCGCACCUCAAAUCUGCUGCCGAGCACAUCGACUAUGACUUUCAGCCACUACACAUCUUUGCCCUAAUCGGCAUAUUGGUCAUUCUCUACAUCGUCGAACGUGCGCUAGACUUCAUCUUCUUCCAUCUGGCGACACCCAGAAACCCACUCCAAGGUUACAGGCGACGCGGCCCCAAGCCUACCUACGCGCUGAUCACGGGCGGCAGUGCCGGCCUCGGCCUAGGUAUAGCUAAGGCUCUUGUCAGGCAGGGUUUCGGCGUGAUCAUUCUAGCACGCGAGGGGGCCGGGCAUUCGUCUGCAGAGACCCAGCUGCGCGAGGCCCUCGUGCUGCCAGAGGAAGAUACGAAGUCGACCGAGGUCGCGGCGGAGCAGUAUGUCAAGACGAUUGCCAUGGACACGGUGACCGCCUCGCCGGAGGAGAUGGAGGACAAGCUGCGCACAGCGAUCGUGGACCAGGAGCUGCGGGUUUCGAUCUUGGUGAACAACAUCGAGCCUUUUCCGAGCGCGCCACCAGCUCCUUUGCGCGAGCUGGCGACGUACUCCCCCGACGACAUCGACAACGUGGUAGCAGCGAACGCGAGAUUCCCAGCAAGGCUGACGGCACUGAUGUUGCCGGUCCUCACGCACCGAGGCGCAGGGGUUGAUGGGCACGGCAUGUCAUUCGGGACACAUCGGCGGUCCCUGAUCUUGAACAUCGGCUCGGAUGCAAUGGUGGGUCAGCCGCUCAGUGUCGUGUACAGCGCCACCAAGGCAUUCAGCUCCAUCUUCAGCAAAGGUCUGGCGCGCGAGCUGGAGGCAAGUCCUCAGACCAGCCAUAUCGAUGUAUUGAGCGUGAUUACCGGCAAUAUGGACGGCCAGACGGAUGCUGGCCUGGAGCAGUAUGGACGAGCUGUGGUCGGCAAGGCAGAUGGAGCCAUAGGUAGAGGCUUGAGGGAGAUGUAUCCGCACUGGCUACAUCACCUUGAGAAUGUGAUGCUCGGCAUGGUUUCUGAGAAAUCUGCGACUAAGAAGAUUCUUGACGAGGCCAUGGUUAGGAGGAGAAGGUAUGCUGUGGAAACAGCUCGCAAGCAGUAGUGGCACACCUUUAGGACAUGAUGGGGUCAAGUAUUAAGAUAUAUACAUUUCGAUACUGGAAUUAUGUACUCUCUGACGAGCCUAUGUACAGGUAAUCUCACCCCGGGGGAUCUCCAUGUGGGCAGAAUGAUUAUCCUUCAAGUAUCUUCC